CCAAAACGUCUACUCAAAAUUCAACCGUUGUGACUGUAUAGUGUUUGUAGUGUGCAAUGUUUGAUAAUUGUUCGUGGAAACGUCGAUAAGGCUUUUUAUGAGGCUAUCUAAGUCGUUUGAUAGUGUUUAAAACCACCAACGUCCCUUCGACUUCCCAAAAGAAAAAGCUAAAGAUAGCAAAUGGUAACAGUCAGCUAAGUUAGCUAAGCUAACUACCUAGCCACAAGCAUGCCGAAUUUUUGCGCGGCCCCAAACUGUACACGAAAGAGCACCCAGUCAGAUUUGGCAUUUUUUCGGUUUCCACGGGACCCAGAAAGAUGCAGAAUCUGGGUGGAGAACUGCCGCAGGGCAGAUCUAGAGGCAAAAACAUCAGACCAGUUGAAUAAGCACUACAGAUUAUGUGCCAAACACUUCGACCCAGCCAUGGUGUGCAAAACAAGCCCCUACCGGACUGUACUGAAGGACACAGCCAUUCCAACCAUAUUUGAUUUAACAAGCCAUCUAAAAAAUCCUCAUACCAGACAUCGCAAGCGGAUUAAAGAACUUACUGAAGAGGAUAUAAGGAAGAUGAAAGAAAGAAGAUUGGCAUCUUCAACUGAACAGUUUUCUUCCGGAAAAGAGGAUGGAGCUGACGAUGGCACGAGCAACAAUGACGAUGAACCUCAACUGUCCACAGAAGAGAAGGAAUUUCGUGAAUACCUGCGAUCCUUGUUUGAGGUUGUGGUCAUGUUAGGAAAGCAGAGUAUUCCGUUAAUGACUGACAAAAUAUCUGAAGCUGAGCUCAAGUCCAACAACCUCCAGGCUCUUCUAGAUUACCGCAUGAAUGCUGGAGAUGAAGCCUUGAUGAAGCGGUUUGAGGCGACAGCCGUAAACACUGAGUACCUCUCUGCCACCCAGCAGGGUCAGCUCCUGGACGUCUGUGAGAACACAGUGAGGGAGGAGAUGCUAAUGGAGGUGAGAGAGAGUCGCUUCUUCUCUCUAGUGACUGGUGACCUUGUUGAGUUUGCCAAUGAGAAACACCUGCCUCUGUUUUUACGCUACGUGAAUCAGCAGAACCUUCUCCGAGAGGAAUUUUUGGACUUUGUGCCAUUUGAUGGUGAUGAGCCUGCACUGGUAGAAAGGCUCGAGGCCCAGCUGACCGACCGCUGGGGGCUUAGCAUGGAGGACUGCCGCGGUCAGGCCCACAAGGCCACUGGGACCUCCACCACCAAGAUGAAAGCUGUGGCAGUGUUACUGAUGGAGAAGUAUCCCCUGGCACUGCACAUGCCUUGCUCCCAUAUGGCACUGAACAUCCACUUGGCCAACAGCCUGCCUUUUCCCAAUGUCCAGGUUGUCAUGGAGACCCUGAGGAGGAUCGGUGCUUUCUUUAGAACCCCAGUAACUCAGGAUGAACUGGAGAAGGCGAUCUCUAUUCACUACCAGAAGAAUGAAGAGAAAGGAACGGCUCUAAAACAAGCUUGUGGCUCAGGCUGGACAGAGCAACACAACGUUUUUGACUUGCUGGUAGACAUGUUGCCGCCACUGCUGCUGUGCCUGGACAUCAUUCGGGACAAUGACGAUGGAAAGUUUGUUGGUUCUGUCACGUCAGAUGCGUACUCGAUAGCAGAAACUCUCGCUGACUUUGAGGUCGUCGUCACUAUCGUCAUCUUAAAGAAUGUUCUUACGUUUACCAGAGCUUUCGGGAGGAAUCUUCAAGGGGAAACGCUUGAUGUGUUUUUUGCUGCCAACAGUCUAACAGCUGUCCUGCAUUCACUCAAUGAGGUCAACGACAACAUUGACGUCUACCAUGAAUUCUGGUAUGAGGAGGCCGUGAGCGUAGCCACAGUGAUGGACAUUCCUGUGAAGAUCCCGAGGCUGUUCCUUCGGAAACAGCGAGCGGCCGACGUGGGCGAAAUCCAAGCAGAGCCGUAUUUUAAGGAGUACGUGACGGUGGCUGUGAUCCGCGGCGUCAUGCAGGAGGUGGAGGACAUGUUCUCUGAGACCAACCUCAAAGCUCUCAAGUGCCUGUCAUUGGUUCCAGCUGUCAUGGGCCAAAUGAAGUUCAACACCACCGAGGAGAACUAUGCCGACGUUUACCGCCACGAUCUCCCCAACCCCGACACGCUUCCCGCAGAGCUUCACUGUUGGAGAAUCAAGUGGAAGCACAGAGGCAAAGAGGUGCGUCUGCCCACCACCAUCCACGAAACCUUGCAGCUCCAAGAUGUCAAGUUCUUUCCCAACGUCAACUCCUUCCUCAAGGUGCUUUCGACUUUGCCAGUGCUGAAGCUUGAAGAGAACAAAAGCGACACGGCGAGCGAGCGGCUGCAGGCUUAUUUGGACAGCAUGCCUGCCAAGCAGUGGAACAAAAGUCUUGCGAUGCUUAACAUCAACACUCACGUCAAACACGACCUGGACGUCAUGGUGGACAAAUACUGCAGACUGUACGCGGAGGACGAUCCUGAAGGCGAGGCCAAGUCUGAUGAAGUGACUGAGGAAGAUGCAGUGACGAAAUCUUGUGAACAGAAAAGUGUGGAUCAGUAAUGUUUGUGCACAUGGAUGUAAGAGCUCGUUUUGUUGGAGAUGUGAUGGGUGACAUCUCCCUGGAGUCAAAGCGAUGCUGUAUUUAAAUGCACCGCAGCUAAUCCUCCCGCUGCAACUGAAUUUGCAGAUUUGGAAGAAUGCAAAAUCUCAGCACUUCAUGAAAACUUUUGUGAACCAAAAAGAACCUAAAGACAGCGUUUGGGGGAUGAUCUGUAAAUACUGAAAGUUCUCUUUUAGGUUCUUCUCAGUUUAGCCUCUUCUGUAAUGAUGCUGUGUCAAAGUAUUUUUUCCAGACAAUUUAUUUCCUUCCGAUUUGUUUAUUUUUGUAAAACUUUAGUAGAGGAUUUUGCUGUUGGAAUCACCUGCUGGCUUGUUUUCACUGUUGCGCUUUUCAUUCAAACCACAUGAUGGAGGCAGAUGUCUGUGUUGCAGCGAUUCCACUGACUGCGAAGCAGGAAGAGCACAAGAGGGAGCAGUUCUAUCAAAAUCAGCAGCAUCCCUGAAAUAAUGCUGAACUGGAAGCAUUUUUUAAAUAAUUUAGAAGCUUUUACCGCUAGCGUGACUGAUUUUUGGACAGCAGUAAGAGCAAGCGUGUUGAAGGUUCACCUCUUUAAAGGAUCAAAAUAACUCCUGGUCAGAUGAAUGACAUUGAGGAAAAUGCCAUUCUCAUGUGUAAUAAAAAUAGCAGUGAUUGUUUUGUACUGUUGUCAGAUUUUACAAAUACUUUGCUUGAAUAAAACAUUGGUAUAGAAGGAAAA